AUGGGAUAUGUCUCGGACUGUUUUCGUGAGCUUGGGAGGUUUGAAAUACUUAGCAUACAACUUUCCAAUGCACUGAUGGGCAUCAGUGCAGGUGUGGAGGUGCCUAUUCUCACGAUGUUGGGCCGUAAGCUUGCGUACAGUGAAAAGACCAUUGCUAACUACGUCACGCUCACUGCCCUUUGUCGUGUGCUCGCGGAUAUUCCUAGUGGAAUUCUCGCAGAGUGUGUUCAUAUGCGGUGUUUGAUGUUGUGGGCUAUUUGUCUCCAGGUGUUAGGCUGUGCAGUGGCUCUAGUCAUGAAACCGGGCUCCUUUUCGAUUACGGUCUUUAGUGUAUUUGACGGAAUUUCCGCUGGGGUCUUCUUUUUGACACGCCACAUCUACGCCACCCGCCUCUCGAAACGAGAGCACCGUGGAAUGGUGCUCUCUUUUCUUGCAGGUAUAUUGCGCUGGUCACAUGUGCUGGGGCCGUUGCUGCUGGGGGCCGCAGCAACGGCGUGGAAAAAAGAACAGUAUUACUUCUCGGUGCCUCUUGUCACCGCCACUUUGGCCUGGUUGUCUAUUAUAGUUGUUGGGUGCUAUGGCGGCUCAAAACAUGAGGAGCAUUUCCAUAAUAGGCCAAAGGGAAAAAGAGGAUUGACCUUGGACGAGUCGAAGCAUCUCUUACCGUUUGCACAGGCGAUAACGGCGGUAAACAUGGAUGGAUCAAGUCAUGAAGAUCAUGUAACGAUGCUGUCGUAUGAGGGUACCGCCGUUACGUGUGAUGAAAAUGAUUGCGGCAAUGCGUGUGGUCAUCCCACGCCCAAGCGUUCGCCACUUGCUUUGGACUGUGGCCACAAUGAACCAAUGGAAAACUGUGAGUUUCAGCUUAGUGCUUUUCGUUCCAUUAUGGUUGAGCAUUGGUCUUUAAUCUGGCGACUUGGUGGAUACAUUAUCCUGUAUGUCUCAAUUCGGGCGAACAGAAAGCUCCUGCUGACUUUUGCCGCGGCACGUAUGGAUUUUACAAACUCGCAGCUUGCCUUUCUACUCUCCUUUAGCUUUUCAUUUGACGCUCUUCUCUUUCCUCUGGGUGGAUUUUUAAUGGACGUCUACGGUAGUCGCUGGUCUAUGUUGCCAGCAGUACUCGGCAUUGGCAUCGCUUUCAUGUUAUUGCCUCUAUCGCCGACCCCAUCGUGGUUGUACGUCAUGGCAGCUAUAUUUGGCACAGCGGAUGCUCUUGGCUGUGGUCUUGUCAUGACGCUCGUAGCUGAUCACGCGCCAAAGAAGCAUGGUGCUCUGUUUUUUGGUGUGAUGCGCACAGUACAAGAUAUGGGCCACGUGUUGGGCUCCAUGGUUGUGUCACUGAUCAUCACUAGGGUAGAGUUUGUCGUCUGUUGCUAUAUUUGGGGAGUGGUGAGCGUUGUGGCAGCGAUGUGGGCGUGGUUCAUUGCUCCAGUGGUCAUUCAUUGA